UAUCCCAUAAAGGACUUCACCACAGUUUUUUUACUGGAUGUACUGAGGUUCUAAUUUCCUUCUAAUUAUGUCGGAAAAUGCGAAUUUACGGCAAAAUUUGCAAAAUGUGCCAUCGAUUUUCGAAAUAAGAGCGGCUGAAACAUUGGACACACUUAUCUACCCAGCACUGAGUAAAAUAAUUAACUACCUUUAUUUUCGAUUGGACUUCAAACUUUUCGGUGCAUACAGACUAAGUGAAGAAGUUUCUUCUGUUUUAACCUUGGCCCUACAGUACUUAUAUUUGCGAAAUCGGGGCUCGUCAUUUGGAGAGAGUUUCUACGGUUUACAACGCAUAUCUUUAGAAUCGGAUAAACUUAUCACGCAUCGACAGCAAGUGAUAUCUGCCGGUAUUGUCACAUUUUUGCCUUACUUGGAACGAAAGCUUAAAGCACGCAGUGCACAGCAUGAUACAUUUAUUUGGCAGCGACAGCUACUGAAAAUUUUAAAUAUAUAUCAUGCGUCCAAAGCAGUACAUACAUUCCUGUAUCUUAUAAAAUACGCUUCCAGCCACUCGUCAAUUUUCCGAGCACUAAGUUUGACCUUGCGAUACCCUAUUGAACCGCCGAAUGAUAGGACAACUUACAUCUUUCUUAAAAUUCUGGAGGUGUUAGCAUUUUUUCUGCAAUUCAUUCAUUGGUGGUAUUCUAACGAUCAUCGUCAUCAAAUGGGUGGAUCAUUAAAAAAUCCAAACCCUCUCAAGAGUUCUAUCGAUAAGAGGGAAAAAUACCGCAAAGGCGAUUGUCCCGUAUGUCUUACGAAAAUAACAACUCCAACUGCAUGUAGCGUUUCGGGAUAUGUAUACUGUUGGAAAUGUAUAAUUUCACAUUUGAAAAGCCGUAUGACCUGUCCAGUUACUGGUUAUCAAAUCACCCCUGAAGAUUUAAUAACAAUAUACGAAACAUAAAUAUUACUCACAAAUCGGAUUUCUUCAGGAGACACGAAACACAAUGCCGGCGCCCGGCGAACUCACCACAGCGAAAUUCGCACUGUCAAAAUUAGAACACUUGCAAGCAUAUAUGUACAUUCGUGGUCAGCUGAUUAAGUCAAGUGGCAUUUUGACUAGUUUUGGCUAUUUUUCUAAUGUUUAUUUAAUGGUUAUAUUUUUACCUGGCUUUUAUUAGCUUGGGGUUAAGGCAUCCAAUCCCGGACCAUUUUGUGAAUCCCGGGCUUUCGGGAUCUUAGAUUGGUUAUCCCGGGAUCCCGGAAUAUUUCGGGAUAUUAUUACCAUUA